AUGUCGCUACGCAGCUAUCCGCCCUCUCACGACGACUCCCUCCACACCCACCCCCACCCCCAGGCCAUGGCGCAACCACCCCUUCCGCCAGCCUACGGCCCGGCCUCCGCACCCGCGAGCCAGCUCUACGUCAAUACUCCGAGAGCCAUGAAGGAGUACGAUCUCAACAUGCCGCCACACCCGCCUCAACCGCGUACCUCCUGGGACACUGCACCAGCCGAUCCAUACGCUCCCCGCCAUCCUGGCUUCCAGCAUCAACGUCCUGCGCCCUAUCCGCCAUUCGACCAGCGUCACCCUCUCGACGCAGAACCAUCUCGCCCAGGCCCAGCCCAUCCUCAGCACGUCCCACAGCAUCCGCAUCUCCAUCCUCACCCCUACAACCCACCGCCCCAAGCCACCUUGUACGCCUCCUCCUCACGACAUCAGCCCGCAGAUCUCCACCACAGACACGUCUCACGCGCAGCCUGCCUCUCUUGUCGCUCCGCAAAGCGCAAAUGCGACGGCGUCAAGCCCGUCUGCGGGCCCUGCGCUCUCCGCGGCGUCAAGGACAUCUUCCCCCAGGACGAUGGAGGCUGCGUCUACGUCGCCUCCAAGCGCGGCGGCCCCCGCUUCAAAGGCAUCAAGGGCGCAGAGGCCACAAAACGCAAGCUCGACGAGCGCGAAAAGACCGGCAAGGUCAAGGGCUCCAGAAGCUCCGACCACUACUCUCACGACGAUUCGCACUCCCUCUCGCCACCCGACCACACCUCCAACAACAACUCUCCCUCCGUAUCCACCCCGCUCGACCCCGCCACUCACGCCAACUCAUACCCACACAAACACUUUGCGCCGCAUGCACCCAGUUUCGAUGCUGCCCGUAUGGGACCCAACAUCUUUGGCGCACAAGUGGGUCCGCCAGAUGGCCAUGGCCCCGCCGAAGACGCCGCCGACGCAUUCUCCUUCGAUCGCGAGCGCAACGCCCUCACUCCCCGCAGCCUCUUCCGCCCCGAUGCUGCCGUCGGAGGCGGCCUGUUUGAUGACCUCUCCCUCUCCAACUUUGACCUUUUCCAAAAGCUCUCUCCCAACCAGGCAGCCGUCGGCCUCUCGCUCUCCAACUUCUACCAGAAGCUCGAAGAUUUGCCAAAGGCCGGCGUGCUCGCCAUGUCCAAUGUGGACGAGUACGGAACCAUCGAGGUCGACAUGCCCUCGGCGCUCCUCGAGAUCGAGACCGCAAGCAAAUCCAGCGUCGCCGUCAACUCGGAACAGCAGGCGCGUGCUCUGCUACAAGACUUCUACGAGCUCGUGUAUCCUGCCUGUCCUGUCAUGCUUCCUUCGGGCCACCUCUCGUCGCUCGCCUUCCAUCUGUCCGAAGACGAAUCCUCGGCACUGCUCGCAGCCAUUUCGGCCUGCGUCGCCCUGCAGCUCCCACAGACCGAAGCCAAACGUAUCGUCAAGGGCAGUCUCUUAUUCCACGACCCCAACGACCACGAGACCAAGGCCGAGCUUCUCGACCUCGAACACUCCUCGCGAGAAGAGAUCGCAGCCUACCAUGCAAAAUCCGCAGAAAAGCUGCUGCUCAAGAAGGUGGCGCUCCUCGCACGCGCGUCCUCCUUCCCCUCCGAUGCGGCCAAGGCGGUGGGAUCCAACAAGUUCACGGGCACUGACCGCGGCAGUGCGGGCUCGGACAUCGAGCUCGUCAGGAUUAAGCUCGUCGCUACGCACACCUUGCUCGCGCACUACCACUACGGAACGUCCAACAGCCGUCGCGCCUUCCACCACGCCUUGCAGGCAUGGAACCACGCUCAGGCACUCAACCUCGACUCGGGCGAAGGCGCCCCUUCCGCGCCAUCGUGGUUCAGCCACGCGCAAAAGUGCGACUGGGCGCGCAGAGCCUACUGGACGUGCUACACCGCCGCUACCGUCAUGUCGUGCACCGGUGGCUUCAAGCCGCUUUCCGUCACGCGCGACAUGCCCUCGGACCUCGGCCUCCUGCCCGACUUGCGCGGCGAUCGCUCGAGCUGGAAGGUGCUCGUACGCGGCGCUCAGUUCGUCUCGAGAUCGUAUGCCAGCCUGUAUGACCUCGACUCGUUCAAGAACCGCCCGGAGAACAAGCUGGCGGAUCCGGCCAACCAGCCGCGCGACAAGCGACGCGGAUGGGAGAUGAUCUUUGAACGUAUGCAGAAGGUCGACGCCGAUGUGAUGCAGUAUGCGCGUUCCGACCCCGCCUGGAGCGACGAGAGCUGCUUUGCGCCCGGCGUGGGUCUGUCGCGCCGCACCGCGCAGUUCGAGGAGGAGAACGAGAUCCGCCUGAGUCGCAGCCUGCGCGUGGCGGGCAAGCUGAUGACGAGCGGUGCCUUGAUCAUCCUGCACCGAGCACAGGCGUUUGCAAACGCACGCAUCUUUGUGGCGCCGACGUGCGGCAUUCCUGGCGCCUGCGAGGACAACAGCGACACGGCGUCCGACGUCGGAAGUCGCAGGGGCGGACCCGACCGAUUGUGGCACCGCGAGGCCGAAGGGCUUCCGCCUUCGGGCAAGCCAAUGGCCUCGGGCGAAGAGCACAGUCCGCUACUGGAGGCAGGCGCAAAGCCGACAUCGAGCACGAGUCAGAGCGCUCGAUCGCGAAGCGGCAGCACGCUGAGCAGCAACACCGGCAACGGCAGCGUGGCCAAGAGCCUCACGGGCUCCUCGGCAUCGGUCGGUGGUGGUGCCGUGACGUUUAUGUCGUGCGGCAUCCCGUCGCGAUUCAGCGGAGGGCCGUUUGAGCCGUCCGAGUCGCUCGACAGAUGUCGCUUUGCGGCGGGCGUCAUGUAUCUGCAACUGACGCACAUCAACACGAGCACCUUCCGACACGGACGGCGCGAGUCGAUGGCGGUGCUGCCCGUCGAGGACAGCCAUGGCCGCGAGAACCGCGACCAGUGGUCGGCUCCGUCGCUGCCGCCUUUCUCGGCCUGCUCGCUCGUGCUGGCGGCAUACGUGCUGCUCAUGGAGACGCUGCAUGCCCAGAUCGCAGCGGGCCUCGAGGACGACUUAGACUUCACCUCGGAUGCGAUCGAUGAGAGCGAGCUGUACGAGCUCUCGCCCAUCCUGCAGCCGGACCCGCAUCGUACGGCGCAGAUCCCUGCGAUCGCGGGUAGGCAGGCCUACAUGCUCGCGAUCAAGCUGAGAUCGUGCAUCUUGCACAUCGAGGCGGCGCUCGAGAAGUUUUCGCGCGCCUGGGAGAUCGCAAAGGGCUAUGCGCAGGAAGUCAAGCUCCUGCUCGAGGUCAAUCAGAGUCUCUUUACCGGUUCCGCGGGUCAGAUCAAGCCGUAG